UAGCAUGUGCGACCCCCACAUUUACCGAGACCGAAAAACUUUUUUACGUCCGUCUAGAGUGGUUAGAGAGGCAGGGAAGGGAUAUUUUAGAAGGGGAAUAAUAUAUAUAUAUUAUAGACCUCCACUUUGGCGUUUUAUGCACCCUUUGCCGCCAUAAUCGAAAUGUCAGGAUUGCCCAUCCAUCGACCAGGUCUGGAACAAUCUGAUUUAAGGUGGCCGAGUCAACAAUAUCUUGUUGAAUUAUUACUUUAAAGUGUACACUCUAAGACAACAAUAAACUCAGUCUAUUGUCUGAUUUAGAUUGCAUCCCACCCCAACAGAAAGAAUUUAAACUUAUACACAAACAAAUGGUAUCACAAGAACUGCAAACGUAUUGUUCAACUUCUUACGGCUCUCUCGCUGCCGUAUCAGGCUCAACAAAGGAAAGAUAUCAAGCUGGAAAGGUAUUAGCUAGAGACAUGGCAAACUACGUUAUCAGUCUAUUUGACUGUCCAGUAAACAAGUCAAUUAUUCCAUUAGCGGACUUUAUACAUUAUGCGCUCUAUAGAACUAGAUUAGACGUUUCAGUGGCGUUGUCUUCAAUGAUUCUUCUUCAACGCCUCAAGAGCAGGUAUCCAAAUGCUAAAGGCUCAUCUGGUCAUAGAUUAUGGCUCGCUGCUAUCAUGAUUACCAAUAAGAUGUUCAACGAUGAUAGUUUCACCAACCAAAGUUGGUACAUUGCCUCCCAAGAAAUUUUCUCGCAGAGAGAAGUAAACGCAGUGGAGAGGGAGUUGUUUGGUUAUCUUAGUUGUGACGUUAGAGUAGAAUAUCAAGAAAUAGUCAAAUUUACAAAGAUGUUCAAUUUAUGGCGACUGAAGACUGUUGAGUCACCUUCAUUGCCUUCUUCACCUGUCGUAUUAUCAACUAGACUUAACAAAUUGAAUUACUCAAACGAUAACACUCCUGCAUUGUCACCGGCUACUACUUGCUCAUCGGCUAGCCAGACGCCGAUACAGACGCCGACGAUGCAGCACAACCUUAUCAACCAAGCUACAAACAAUCUACACUCAAAGAAAUACAAUAUCAUAUAGUCCAAUUUUUAUUCUAAUUUCAUGUAUAUAGACGCACAUUACAUCCUUGUACAAAUACAUCACUACUUUCAUCAUCAUCGG